CCCCGGAAGCCGCCGCGGCUCAGCUGACAGCCGCUGCCGGGGCGGCCGGAGCGGGAAGAUGGCGCUGCGGCCGGGGCCCGGCGCGGGGGGCGCCGGCGGGGCGGCGGGCGGCGCGGGCGGCGGCGGAGGCGCGGCGGGCGGCGCCGGGGCCGCCAGCUUCAUGUUUCCUGUAGCAGGCGGUUUAGGCCCUCCUCAAGGGAUGAUUCCUAUGCAACAGCAAGGAUUUCCAAUGGUUUCUGUCAUGCAGUCCAAUAUGCCAGGCAUGAUGGGCAUGAAUUACGGUUCUCAGAUGCCUCCGGGACCCAUGACCAUGCAGGGUGGAAUGCCUUUAGGGCCAAUGCAAGCAACUGGAAUGCCUUACAUGGGACAGGCUUCUUUCUUAGGAAUGCGUGCAGCAGCCCCACAGUAUACCCCCGACAUGCAGAAACAGUUUGCAGAAGAACAACAAAAGAGGUUUGAGCACCAGCAGAAAUUCUUAGAAGAAGAACGAAAACGACGCCAGUUUGAAGAGCAGAAACAGAAGCUGAGACUCCUGAGCAGUGUGAAACCUAAGACAGGUGAAAAAAGCCGAGAUGACGCAUUGGAAGCCAUUAAAGGAAAUUUAGAUGGUUUUUCUAGAGAUGCUAAAAUGCACCCAACACCAGCAUCGCAUCCAAAAAAGCCAGAUCAUCCCACAUCAUCCCAUUCUGCUGUAUCUGUUUCCCACUCUGCUUUUCUUGAUGAUGAAGAAUUUAGUGACUUUAUGCAAGGGCCUGUUGAAAUCCCCAAACUGGUGCCUCAACCCACCUCUCAGCCUUUUCAGCCUUUCUGUUCUGCUCCUGAGGCUGGGCAACUGCUUUCAGGGAAGGCUAUGGUCCAGCCUCUCCCUUCAACCCAGACUCCAGUCUUAUCCGUCCUGCAUGGUACAAUUGGGCAGGUUCCUUAUUUUCCUACCUCUGCAUCUUCACCCAGUAUCCAUAAAACAGGCUCUUCCUUGGAGGAGAAAGUCUUAGAUAAUGGCUUAAAUGAAUCUGAACGAGAUCAAACCAAACUUAAAACAACUGAAGUUGGGCACAAAGCCUCAGCUGCAAGCCACGUUCAUCCCAGUCUAACCAUCAAUGACUGGGGUGUUAUAGGUGGACGUGAAAGUGGUACCACUACUACAGAGGCGCACAAGGCUUCAGAACAAAACAUAGCAGUUGAAGAGUGUGGAGUUGGAGUGUUCCCUUCGCAGGACCCAAUUCAGCAGAUGAUGCCUCCUUGGAUUUACAAUGAUAGUUUGGUCCCAGAGUUGUAUAAGAAAAUUUUAGAAAGCACGAUGACUCCUGCUGGAAUAGAUACUGCUAAACUCUAUCCCAUACUGAUGUCAUCUGGAUUGCCCAGAGAGACUCUUGGACAAAUAUGGGCUUUAGCCAACCGUACCACACCCGGGAAGCUUACAAAAGAAGAGCUUUAUGCUGUCCUGGCUAUGAUAGCAGUAACUCAGAGAGGAAUACCAGCAGUGAGUCCUGAUGUGUUAAACCAGUUUCCAGCUGCCCCUGUGCCUACUUUAACUGGGUUACCAAUGUCACUGCCUGCCACGGUAAGCCAGCAGCCUCUGCUGCCCACCGGACCACCAGUCUCCAUGCCGCUCAGUAUCGGACCGGCCGUCAUAGGGAUGAGCAUAACGGCACCGGCGGGUGGAGCUGCAACACAGUCUCCGGGAGGUUUUGUACCAUCCUACCCACCCAGUCAGGUAGUAAAACCAGAGGAUGAUGACUUUCAGGAGUUCCAGGAUGCUUCAAAGUCUGGCUCAAUAGAUGACUCUUUCACUGAUUUCCAAGGGGAUGUGGCAGGCUCCUCCAAAGCAGCCAGUUCACAGCACCGGAGCAGUGUUCCUUCUUUACUAAUGCCACUCCCAGGUAGUAAGACACUCUCAUCAACUGAUAAGUAUGCUGUGUUUAAAGGAAUUUCAUCUGAGAAGCCUUCUGAAAGCUCAUCGACUUUUGGAGAUUGUGGAGACAAAUAUAGUGCUUUCCGUGAAUUAGAACAACCACCGGAGAGCAAAUACUUAGGAGAUAACCUUGCAGAAUUCAAGUCUGCAGGAACUGAUGACGGUUUCACAGAUUUUAAAACCGCUGACAGUAUCUCACCAUUAGAGCCACCUACAAAAGACAAAACUUUCCCUACAUCCUUCCCUUCUCUACCUGUUCAGUCAAAACAGCAAACACAAGCAAAGACCUCUUUGAAUCUAGCAGACUUGGAUCUCUUUUCCUCUACUGGAGAGAACAAGCAGCUAUCAUUUCCACCUGCAUUCAAUACAUCAAAAUCAGCCUCUUUUCCUCUGCCACCACUUCCAUCUACUAUUGCCCAGCCAGCACCCAGCAAGAGCUCAAGCUUAGCUGAUGACUUUGGAGAGUUCAACCUUUUUGGAGACUUUUCUAAUUGCACGACAGCCAGUGGACAAGAUGACUUUGCAGAUUUUAUGGCUUUCAACAAUAGCAGUGGAUUUUCUGAACAAAAAACGGAUGACAAAUACAAUGCACUUAAACUAGAGGCCAGUCCUGUUCCUCAGUCUGGCUCAUCUGCCAGCACAGUGAAGAGUGGGCAGAAUUCUGCCACCAAUGCUACACCCACUAAAUAUGAUAUCUUCAAACAGCUUUCUCUGGAAGGCUCUGGAGCUGGUUUUGAGGAAGGGAAGGACAACACGCUUUCUUCAGUGAAGAGCGAUGAUGAUUUUGCCGACUUUCACUCUAACAAGUUUUCUUCCACAUGCAACAGCGCGGAUAAGUCCUUGGUAGACAAAGUGGCAGCUUUCAAGCAGACCAAAGAAGACUCUGCUUCAGUGAAGUCUCUGGAUCUCCCUUCCAUUGGUGGCAGCAGCGUUGGCAAGGAGGAUUCGGAAGAUGCGUUGUCCGUUCAGUUUGACAUGAAACUGGCUGAUGUGGGAGGAGAUCUUAAGCAUGUCAUGUCUGAUAGCUCUUUGGAUUUGCCAACAGUUAGUGGCCAGCAUCCACCAGCAGCAGAUAUAGAUGACUUAAAAUGUGCCCCAUUUGGAAGCUAUAACAGCGGGUCUGCAGUCAGCAGCCUGGCAAGCUAUGACUGGUCCGACAAAGACGACAUUCAUCAGGGUAAGAAGCUCCCUUCCUUAGUGCAGCCUUCAGGAAGUGGAUCCUCUGCAGCCACUUCAGUUCUUCAGAAGAAGGAGACUUUGUUUGGCAGUUCAGAAAACAUCACCAUGACAACAGUUUCCAAAGUGACAACCUUUUCUAGUGAGGAUGCUUUACAGGAUGUUCCGUUUGCAGCCUUUGCAAACUUUAAAGACUCUGGCCCAAUAUCCAGCGGUCCAAGCGAUGAUGACAUUGGAGACUUUGGUGAUUUUGCGAGACCUUCAUCAGAAGCACAGGAUGCAGCAGCAGCAAGUGACACAAGUCAAGAGGCAGACUUCCUUGCUAGUGGUAUCUCUUCUGAAAUGCGAAGAGAGUCCACAGAUGACUUUGGAGAAUUCCAAAGUGAAAAGCCAAAAAUCAGCAAAUUUGACUUCUUGGUAGCAACUUCCCAAGGCAAGAUGAAAUCUAGUGAAGAAAUGAUCAAGAGUGAACUGGCUACCUUUGACCUCUCUGUUCAAGGGUCUCAUAAAAGGAGCUUAAGCCUAGGUGACAGAGAAAUAAGCCGCUCUUCACCUUUACCAGUUUUGGAACAACCAUUUAGAGAUCGUUCAAAUACUCUAAGUGAGAAGCCUGCUUUGCCUGUCAUCAGAGACAAAUACAAAGACUUAACCGGGGAAGUUGAGGAAAGUGAGAGGUAUGCGUAUGAAUGGCAAAGAUGCUUGGAAAGUGCCCUGCAGGUAAUAAAGAAAGCAAAUGAUACCUUAAAUGGAAUAAGUAGUUCAUCUGUUUGCACUGAAGUUAUCCAGUCUGCUCAAGGCAUGGAAUAUUUAUUAGGGGUUGUGGAAGUCUAUAGAGUAACAAAGAGAGUUGAACUGGGUAUCAAAGCUACUGCUGUGUGUAGUGAGAAACUCCAGCAGCUUCUGAAGGAUAUUGAUAAAGUGUGGAACAACCUAAUAAGCUUCAUGUCACUUGCUGCUUUAACGCCAGAUGAAAACUCAUUGGAUUUCUCGUCUUGUAUGCUGCGUCCAGGCAUUAAAAAUGCCCAAGAUCUCGCCUGUGGGGUAUGCCUCCUAAACGUGGAUUCAAGAAGCAAAAAAGAAGAGAAACCUGUGGAAGAGCUUCCUAGAAAAGCCUUUAAUUCGGAAACGGAUAAUUUUAAACUGGCUUACGGAGGGCACCAGUACCAUGCGAGCUGUGCAAAUUUCUGGAUCAACUGUGUGGAGCCAAAACCUCCAGGUCUCAUUUUGCCAGACUUGCUCUGAAAGGAGUUCUGCCGAAGAUGGAUUAUCAGGCUCUACUAAUGUAGGACACUUGGGGCAAUAAUGUGACAGAAUAAGCAGAAAGGCUUUUUUGAACUGUGAUUAGUAUUUGAAAUGUUUGGCUUUGAUCUGUGUACAAUAAUGGGUUAAAGCCAUGGUCGAAUAUACAAGCUCCCCAUGAAGAAUUUCACUUCAAUUUUGAGGUCUUCAGAAAUAACCAGGAAAAAAAUGUAGUGUGGCACAAAAUGCAGCAUUUCAGUCUUUCUCAAGCUGAAAGUAGGUUAGUGUUUGUAUCAAACCAGUCUGCUAAUCAAAGUGCAUAAACCUCUGAGAUGAGACAAUACCUAGUUUCCAAGAAAAACUGAAAUGCUAGACAGAUUUGCAUGGAAGUGACCAUUUAAAUACUUGAAAUAUGUAUUUGCAAACAAGUCUUCUGUGUAAUAUUUUUGGUAUAUGGACCAUGAUGGUUUUUCUUUAAAUGUUUGCUGCUAUACUAUUACAAUGCACAAGCCACAGUAACUUUCAAGGCAAAAUGAGUUAUUGGCUAAGGAAUUGAACUGCAGAGAGUCAUUGUAUAUUUAUACGUCUACUGUUCUGUACUGUAAACUACACUGUAUCCAUACAUGUAACUGGUUAAUAUGGGGGAAUAAGAGCUUGGAAAAGUUGUUGAAAUUUUCACUAUCAUUUCUUGAUUCUUUAGUACAGGCAGAUGGAUUUUAGAACUUGCAAUCUCUGCUAUUCUGUUGUAAAUACUAGACAAAUUCCCCUCUUGGAGUUGUCCUAAACUACGAUGUGAUUUGUUAUGCCUUUCACGUUACCCUUAGGUAGUUGUGUGGCUGCGUUACCGUUGAAAAUUGGACUCCACUGGUACUGAGUGUUUGCUGCUGUAUGUAUUAUCCUUUUUGUAUGUCAAUAUGCUUUUCUUGGUGGGAUUCCUGUGGGUAACUGGUGCAGUCUAGUGCUAUCUGUAAUAAUGGGUUUUUUUGACUCUUAAAACUGCCAGUACAUGAUGUCCCUUAGCUCCUACUACAAUCGGGUGUGAUCUAACACUGGAAGCUGGGUUACUCGCACAGGCUCUUCUCUAAAGCAGGCUAUUGCAAACCUGCCGUUUCGUUGCUUGUGGUAGGUACCCCUUUCUGGAAAGUUAAAGGUUAGUUUAUCAGGCUAUCACAAAAUGUUACCCAUAAAUCUACAGUACCUGUUUUUUUUCUUCAGAUACAACAUCAAGAUGACAGUGCAGUCAGAUGUAGUGCUAGCUACAGAAUCUUAAAUCCAGUGGGAGCUUCGUGUCAUCGUUUUAAGAGCCUUACAACUGCACAGUCUUACUCAGCUCACAGUGAGCAAAGUGUGAUGUAUUUGCAUCUAGUGCAACUUACUUCUUAACUCAUUGAAUUACUUAAGUUUCUCAGAUCUCUAGAAAAGCUUCCUUCUCUCCAAAGAUAUCGACAGCUUUUCCAAGUGAAUCUUGCCUCCAUUAUGAGUAACUGACAUUGACCAGUGGUUAUUUGCUGAAAAUGAAAUUACAAAGAAAAAUGAGGCUUCAUUUAUAUAAUGAAAAGCUUAGUUAUAUUAAACUAUUAAUUAUGUCAAAUGAAAGAAUUUUGGCUAAAAAGAGUGCUAGGUGUCUGGCCCUUAUUUACACAGAUUAAAAUCUUGACGCUGCCUGAAAUUAGCUCAUUAAUAAAAUAAGCAACUUGUGCCUCCAGUCGCAAGCUCAGGCUAAUCAUGUGGCAGGUUUUCAAUAGUGUGACAGUGAGUGCCUGCCUUCUUUUGCCCAGUAAUUACCAAAAAAGGGCAGUCACUCUUUGAUUGCUAUUUUAUUUAUUAGCUGUGGAAUAGUUACAGUAGUCUGUGCCAUAGCUUUUGACUGCACAUACUCUUUUUCCUCACAACUGGGAACUGCUGUAUACAUCACUAUUGAAAGUAUUCCCACUGAUACUUGAGGUCUACUUAGCCUAGUAAGUUAGCACUCACUUUUGCACCUUGAAUUAUAAAAAAUAUUUAAGCUUUGUCUGACUUCAAGCAAAUGCCUAGUUUUGCUGCUAGCAAGGAGGCUUCUCAAGCGGUUUUGAGUAUAUAGCUGAUGUAAAGGCUAUUGCUUAUUAAAAUACUGUAUUGGGAAAAGGGAGUUUAUUGUUAGCAUGGGUUUCCACCACAGUUUCUGGACACUUAACUGGAUAGGAUUUUUUUAAUUAAAAGAGAAUGCCACAAAUAAAACUGGCUGCAACAUGAUACUUAAAGCAACCAGUAUUUCGAAUACAGUACCAGCUAUAUUGUCAUAAAAAUCUUUUUCAGUGAUGUUUUUCUGGUAACAUAUUUGUUAAGCAAGUUCUUUCUCUAAGAUGCAUCUAGCAUGUCUUUUGGCACAUAAAAAUAAGGAAUAGACAUUUGCAAUUAUAAUUGCAGUAGAGCUUACUGAAGUAUGACACUACUAGUUGCUUGCUCCCCACUGAAAGGGAAGCAGCAGGCGAGAAUAAUGCAUUUGUGGCAAGCAGAAAGCGUUUUUCUAAACACCUUUACGUCACGGAAUACACUGAAUGUUUUACAUGUAGAUACCAUUGAUAAGGGCAUUGCACAAGGAGGAUCAUUUCACUUACAUACCCAUGUCAUUAAAAUGACUCACUGUUGCAUUCAGCAUCUCAGCUAUUACAUCGCUAGCCAAAGGCCCAGUGUCCUUGGAAUCUGUAUCCAAGGUUACGGUAUUUUCUACAGUGCAUUGUAUCAGACCACAUUCCCUUGCUUCGUUUGCAUGCAGGUUAAUCCGCGUACUGCCUUCUAUUUCGGUUGUGUUGAAUUUUAUAAAUGUAACUCUAUUUUUGGAUGUAUUCCUUCAUUAGGAAAAUGUGAGAAACCUGAUUCCCCCUCUCCCCCCCCCCCCCCAUUUUAAUAUAUGUGUUAUCUGGAUCUGCCUUGGGGUUACCUAUGGAAAGUGACUUUUCUAUGUAUUUGUGUAUAUUUGGAGUUUAAGAGAUGGUUUGCUUGGUUAAUUUAUUUUAUAUAUCACUUUGCUUAGUUGUAUUCCUAAUGCUUCUGUGCUAUCUUAGUGUGCUUCAACUGAAGCUAUCAUUUCCGUGGCAGUCGGAGUGCUAGCGAGCAAACUCUUCCAACCUGUUCUCCUCACCAUUCAUCGUCACGUUUUGCUUUCAGUAUCCUCACAAGCUUGUUGACCCGUAUUUGAUGCAAAGGUUUGAAGACUGUUUGUUGCAUGUGGAUUGUUACUUCCUGCACUGGAGCAUUCCACCGAAUUUUCAACUCCGGCAGCCGCUUCUCUUCACCCGGGCUUGUUCUGAGCAGCUCCUCCUCGAAAAUUGUGUAGUAAAUAUGAAGUUAUAGCGAGGCUCAGCCUGAGGUUGAGAAGGAGAAGCUCUUGAAAACCCAAGGAACACCCUGUUUCCUAAUUACAUGUUAAUUUAAUUAAACUUGAAACAGAAACUGCCUUUUCAAUAAGAGCUGCUAUUGUACAAACUGCUUUUUCUUAAAGAUGUUUUUGCUCUCUGGGCCUGAAUUUAAUUCCAGUUCUCAAUAUUAAAAUAUAAAUGUCAUAAUUUUAAGAAGUGUUCAGAAAACUUCCCUUUACCUUGUGAUUCUUUUUUCUUCUCUGGGUGAAUGUUAUUUGUCUUACAGAAGUGGUUUUAUGAUUAGUAGUUGGAGUUGUUUCGGUUUGUGUUGUUAGAGUCGCUCCUGAUAUUUUAAAUCCAUUGAGAAUAACUAUUAUUAUUGACUUUUUAGUACAUUGUUUACUCCCUUAAUUCUUGCCAUGAUUUGUAAAUCCUUUGUUGAGAUCCAUGAAACCUUGCUUUUAAUAAAGAACUCGUUUCAUUUCUGACAAAA